AUGAUGGAGGAGCCAUCACAGCAUCCCAUGGCAGACGCAGGCACCAAACAUCAGUCUGAAACAUUUCAACAAGACAAGGCAGACACCAUGGACCAGAAAGUCGAACCGGCCCCACAAGUAGUGACAAAGGUGUCUCGUCGCAGAUCGUCGUCCCGAAGAAUGACAUCUCAGGACUGGUUUUCGAGCCGGAGCUUUCACGACGACGGAGAUAGUAGCAGCUCCGAGGAAGACGAUGAUGACGACUUGAGUCUAGACUUGCCGGCUUUCAAGACCAAGUCGACAGAGAACCACCAACCUGCCAACAGCGGCGGAAAAAAGAAGCCGCAAGGUCAAGAGUACAUCUAUGCCAUUUGCGUGGGAGUUCUGCUCUCGUUUAAUGCCGGCUAUGUGAAUGGCAGUUGUCUGACUGGACUGGUAGCACCCUCGGGUACCAUGCGAGCAGUCACCAGUCACACCGGAACUCUGACCAAGUCAGCUUUGGCACUUGCCAGCGGAAACUUUAAGGAGUUUGGAUUCCUCCUUAGUAUGUUCUUGUGCUUUGGCAUGGGCAGUUUCAUUGCUGGGGCCCUGACGCCAAAGCCACGACCUUUCAUCAUUGAACCUUCCUAUGGACCAACCUUUCUCCUGGGGGGUAUCUUCUUGACCACCUCCAGUACCCUGGCCGCCUUGGAAGUGCGAAACGAAAACUUUAUCUUUUACUUUGCAGCGGCUGCCAACGGCAUUCAAAAUGGCAUCUCCUCCCUGUACAGUCAAAACUUGAUCCGGUCCACGGGUAUCACAGGGACGACCACGGACAUUGGCAUCUUUACCGGCCAACUUCUCAGAGGGAACUGCGCCAACACUUGGAAGAUUGGAGUAUUGCUCAGUCUCUGGUCUUCCUUUUGGUGUGGUGGGCUUGUGUCAUUCUUUGCAACAUCCUCCCUUUUGCAUUUUUCUCUUCUUUUCAAUGCGGGGCUGUUCCUGAUCAUUGGUGCCAGUGUCAUUGUGUUCCUGACACACAACAUGAGUUUGUCUGUGACCGGUGCCUUAUUGGGCAACUUCUGGGGUGCCCGUACCAGUACGAGUGAAACUAGUAUUGAGAAGUGCGAGGAACCGGAACCAGCCUCAGCAGGUAGCAGCAAAACUGUCGAUACGGAUCACAACCAAACUGGCGGUGCCACCAGCACCCAACGAAAGAUUGUACCACAAGAAACAUCUGGACCCAAAGACAUGGUCAAGUCAAUGAAGGAGGCUGAUGCUGAAAAAAAGUUAUCGUACACAGACCAUACUACUACUACAACCGGGUAUAUGGACAAUAGCGAUCACUCCAUGACAGACCACCAUUGCUGA